CGAGGGUAUCAACCUGGAGCAGAGGAGUGCAUUGACAAGCACCUGUGCCUGCACGCAACCGCCCAAGAAGAGACGCUUCAAGUAUAGCCUCUGCGGAAGUGGCUCUAAACAAAGCACAGUCGCCCAGUCCCAGGUCCGAAACCAUGACCACGACGGCGGCAUGAGCAGCACGCACCAGCAAGAUGGCGCGGACCAUCUCAGCAUCGUCGCGCCCUCCGCCAGCCACAGCACCCUCGACUCGAUCAGCCAGACGCUGUAUAUCGUCGUGAACCGCGGCGACCCGAUCGACUCGUACUCGAUGCGGCAUACGUCAUUCUGGGUCGAGUUCUCGGACGGGCGCAGCCUGCUGAGCCAUGUGUGUGGGGCGGCCAGCUUCUUUGAGUUCGAGGAGUGCUGGAAUGAGGCGCAGCCGCAGGAGGGGAGGAAUUUUGAGCGCAUUAUUUUUGUGAUGACGAUGCGCACCACGGUGGAUGAUAUGACGAUCCGGAAUACGUUGCGCCAGACCCCGAUCAAUAAUAAGGAGCGCUCAUGGAAUUGUCAGACUUGGAUUGGUGAUGAGUUGAAGCGGCAGGAUGCGAAGUUGCUGCGCGAGGCGAAUACCGUUAGUGCUGCGGACCAGAUGGUUGAUGUGUUACUGGAGGCACUGGAUGAGGAAUGAAGUCAUGUUACGGCAGGCUUAAGGGGGUGGGUUGAACGAUGGUGUCUACUGGUGGCGGAGAACAGAGAGUCUCGUGGAACUUUGGAAAGAUGACCUCUAUACUAAAUGACGUGGUGGCCCGCCGCAUCGAAGUUUUCCAUGAACUCUCAAUGCUCAGGGUACCAGCUCCGGAUGCCGAUGGCGCGGUGCAAAAUCAGAGUGAGUGAAAACCAGCUCAUGAUCGUUGGUCAAAGAGUUGAGAGCGAGGUCAGAAACGGAGAACUGGUUGAACUGAUAUUCGCUGUCAAACGGCUCGAAAGCGAAAGUUGACUAUAAAUAAAUAAGUCACGCCGACAUGAAAA